AUGGCACGGAAACCUAUUCUGAACCUCCUCCUAGUUCUCUGCCUUACUAUCUUGAUUGCUUCGUCGUUGACGUGGUUGCUUCUUCCCACAUACGCACGAGAUGACGGCCCCAUAUUUGGCAACCCGGAGGAAGCGGGACUUCGUCAGGAUGACGCGGAAGGUGAUUAUCUACUCGGGGUUGGAAAGGCGGACAUCACAGGGCCCGUUGUGGAAAUUAAUAUGAUGGGAUAUGCCGAUACAGCUCAGUCCGGGACUGGUCUUCGUCAGCGAAUCUACACCAGAGCUUUCAUCAUUGGAAGUCUCAGAGACCCUUCGCGUCGCAUUGUCUACCUGGUACUUGAUACCCAGUCCGGAGAUACUGCCGUUCGUGCUGGUAUACUCCAGGGACUUCUGAAGUUGGGCUCUGAAUAUGCAGGGUACAACAAAGACACCAUAGCAGUGACUGGCACUCACAGCCACAGCGGACCUGGCGCUUGGUUGAACUAUUUAUUGCCCCAAAUCACCAGCAAGGGCUUUAAUAAAGAAAGUUAUCAAGCCAUCGUCGAUGGUUCUUUACUCGCAAUCAAGCGUGCUCAUCAAAGUCUCGUCCCUGGUCACCUCAGCUUGAGCGAGAAGCAAGUUGUCGACGCGAAUAUCAACAGAAGCCCGUAUGCAUAUCUUCGGAAUCCAAAACAAGAGAGAUAUAAAUAUACGGACGAUGUAGACAAGAAUCUAACAGUAUUGAGGUUCGAGAGGGCUUCGGACGGCCAAGCCCUCGGUAUUCUGACAUGGUUUCCAGUUCACGGCACUUCCCUGUACCAAAACAACACUUUAAUCACAGGCGACAAUAAAGGCGUUGCGGCCUAUGUGGUUGAAGAAUCCUUCAAGGUCAGGAAUCCCAGCUUCGUUGCAGGAUUCUCUCAAGCCAACGUGGGUGACACGUCUCCCAACGUCCUCGGCCCCUUUUGCGAAGACACCGGCCUCCAAUGUUCUUUUAAUGACUCUACUUGCGCUGGCCGUACUCAACCUUGUCAUGGUCGCGGCCCGCUAUUUCGGACCAUUGACCAAGGCACAGAUUCUUGCUACGAGAUCGGAAGCCGACAAGCUGCUGCAGCACUAGAUCUUCUGGAGAAUGGCGGCUUCGAACGCCUGCCAGCCUCGACGAUAUCGUAUUUUCAUACCUAUACGAAUUUUUCAUCCUUCCAUUUCACAUCUCCCUUCAAUCAGUCUCGCAAAUUGAAGACCUGCUCCGCCGCACUUGGCUAUGGCUUUGCCGGUGGUACUACUGAUGGCCCAGGCGCCUUUGAUUUCUCCCAAGGAACGAAUGACACUGACGAUUCACCUUCCUUGAAAAAUCCACUCUGGAAGCUGGCAAGAGAUUUCAUUCACGAUCCUACUGAUGAGCAAGAGGCCUGCCAGAAGCCCAAGCCUAUUCUUCUUGAUGUCGGAGAAGCAGAUCGUCCAUAUGCCUGGUCACCAAAUAUCGUUGACAUCCAACUGUUGCGUGUGGGUCCAUUGAUCAUGAUCAUUAGUCCUGGAGAAGCCACAACCAUGUCAGGCAGACGCUGGCGAGAAGCUCUGGCAGCAGCCGCUCCGGCCACACUUGGGAUUGACAACCCAAAAGUUGUCCUUGGAGGACCAGCCAACACGUAUGCUCACUAUAUCGCCACCGAAGAAGAAUAUGGAGUACAAAGGUACGAGGGUGCGAGUACAUUGUAUGGGCCACACACUCUUGCAGCCUAUGUCAAUUUGACUCUCACAUACCUUCCAUAUCUCGGUUCUGCGGACGAAACUUCCCGUUUGGAUCGUCUCCCACCAGGCCCUAGCCCUCCCAUCAAUGUCAACUCUUCAUUGUCAUUCAUCAAUCCAGUUGUAGUCGACAAUGCUGGUCUACUGCGCAAGUUCGGCAUGACACUGGAUUCUCCUGACCCAGCGAAGCAAUUCACUUCUGGAAUGACAGUGACAGCCCGCUUUGUGGGCGCGAAUCCACGCAACAACUUCCGCCUUGAGGGCACAUUUGCUGCCGUCGAGCACUUUGAUUCCGAAAGUGGUCAGUGGAUCCAGGUACGAUCUGACAAGGAUUGGUUCUUGGUGUAUCGAUGGAAACGUAUUAGCACCGUCCUCGGCACAAGUGAAGUCACCAUUGAGUGGGAAAUUGAACCCCAUACAGAGCCUGGAAUGUACCGCUUCAAGUACUAUGGAGAUUCCAAAUCUCUCGGUGGAACCAUCACAGCUUUUGGAGGUACUAGCGGAGUUUUCAAUAUUGGGGCCUCAAACGACGGAAUGACGAUGAAGGAUGAGCUUUUCAGGCCCUGA